AUGGUGAUUAAUGCUAAUUAUGUCGUCAAGAUUAAUCCAAGUAUUGAUCUUGCUCAUGCAAGCUUCCUUUCAUGUGGAUUCUCCACUGGAUUUGGGUCAGCUUGGAGGGAAGCUAAUGUUGAGAAAGGAUCAAGUGUUGCUGUCAUUGGUCUAGGUGCUGUUGGAUUAGGGGCCAUAGAGGGUGCUAGAAUGCAAGGGGCAAGUAAAAUAAUUGGAAUAGACAAAAAUGAGAAGAAAAGAGAGAAAGGGGAACCAAAGGAAGCUUCUCUUAGUCGUUUUUUCCCUUCAGUAAUUGAUUUUUUUGUUACAAAAGUUUUUGGAAAAAAAUUAUGA